CAUCACUUUCAUUUCCUUCAUUUCUCAUCAAAACAUAUCUUGUAGUACUCUUCCACAAACAAUCACACUUCUCGAUCUUCUCCGGCUACAAACCUUUUUCAGAUAUGGCGACAGCACCGGCAUCUCUCACCGGAGUCACUGUGGAGUUCCUCGAGUUCCCAGCUACUGUGACUCCUCCGGCCGGCUCCGGCAAGUCUUAUUUUCUCGGUGGUGCAGGUGUGAGGGGGUUGACAAUAGAUGGGAAGUUCAUAAAGUUUACAGGCAUUGGAGUUUACUUGGAAGACAAGGCAUUCUCAUUUUUGGCCAUUAAGUGGAAGGGCAAGACAGAAGAUGAGUUGGUGAAUUCCAUUGAUUUUUUCAGAGAUAUUAUCAAAGGACCAUACGAGAAACUGAUAAGAGGGUCGAAGAUAUUGCCACUAGAAGGAGCAGAAUACGUGAGGAAGGUCUCAGAAAACUGUGUGAGUCACAUGAAAUCUGUGGGGACUUACGGGGAAGCAGAGGCUGAAGCAGUUGAGAAGUUCAUUCAAAUCUUCAAGCCCCACCACUUCGCCAUCGGCUCCUCUGUUUUCUACUUGCAAUCCCCUGAUGGAACUCUAACGAUAAGUUUCUCGGACGAUGCCACACUGCCAGAAACUCCAGCAGGAGUGAUAGAAAACAAAGCACUUUCAGAAACAGUGUUGGAGACGAUGAUCGGAGAGCAUGCUGUCUCUCCUGCUUUGAAACAGUGUUUGGCUUCCAGAUUGGCUCCUUUAUUCAAAGACGUCCCUCAAAAUUGAGAAUUUUAUGAAUUUGGAACUCAAUUUCACACUCUCACAUUCAAUCACUCAAUUUGGAACUCAAUGUGCUGUUUUAAUUUCUGUAUUGUUGUGCUGAUGUGUUCUUUAUAUUAAUUGUUAGUGCAUUGUGUAUUUUUUUCUCCAUAAAUUUCGAAAUAAUUUAAUUAUAUGAGCAAAAUGUUCUUA